UUCCGACCGGGAAUUUUGGGGAUCGGUUGUUUUGCACGGAUUGGUAUUCAUAACGAGAGCGCUCGAUUCAUGCUACUCGCCUUCAUCCUGAUACUGUAUUUGGGUUUUGGUGCGAUUCUGUUCAAUUAUUUGGAGCGAGAAAAUGAGAUACAAGAAAAGCGAGAAUAUUCGAUAUUGCUAAAAAAUGUGCGUGAAUCGUUGUGCAAUAAUAGCACUGAACAGUGCAAACAACUGGAACUUCUCCUCGAGCUGAACUCAAAUUUAACUUCUGCCGGAUUGUUGUAUCAAAGUGAACGCUUCGAUAUUUCUGGAUCAUUCUUUUUUGCUGGUACUGUCAUUUCGACUAUAGGUAAGAAUGCAUCAUCCAAUCCUUCUAUCUUCGUAUGGAUCAGUCAUCGACUGGGUUUUGGAAUGUCCACCCCUCGCACAACCAUCGGUCGACUCACCACAAUUGUCUACGGUGUUUUGGGAUGCGCCUGCUGCGUUCUAUUUUUUAACUUAUUUCUCGAGCGUUUCAUCACAAUUCUAACAUAUGUGUUGAGAUAUGUGCAUGAUCGGAAGGUGAAACGAAGACAUGAAUGCGAUGAAUCGUUACCAAUCCCGUUGUGCGCUCACGAAGUGGGUAAUUUGUCGACCUUUAGCUCGCUGAAUGGCGUUGAAGAAGGCUGGAAGCCAUCUGUAUAUAAAGUAUUCGUGAUAUUAUUUGUCAUUUGCACAAUAUUAAUGUUUUCGGCAGCGUAUUUUUAUUCAUCAACUGAGCAAUGGACCUACACUGAUUCGCUAUACUUUUGCUUCACAGGAUUUGCAACGAUCGGAUUCGGUGAUUUUGUACCAUAUCAAGGAUCGGACUUUGAUUAUUCGCAUAAUUUAGUGCGCAUUGCAAAUUUUUUGCUAUUAUCAUUGGGCGCAUGUUGUAUGUAUUGUUUGUUCAAUGUUUCGAGUAUUGUGAUAAGGCAGUUGCUCAACUGGCUUAUCAGACAAAUUAAUAUCAAAACUGGCGACACAGUGUUUUGUUGCAAAACCAAACCGAAACGCUACAUGGGACUUGGAUUGCGUCCUCCUGCAGGUUAUGAUGGACGGGAAAGAAAUGCAAUAAAUGAGAACGGUGAAGGCCUUCAAUCGUUGAAGGAUUUCUUGAUGAGUAACCGCAACAGUGUCGUUCUUCUGCAGACACAACUGAUUAAAAGUGCAGCUAAGAAUACCCCAAAUGAAGAAAAGAUCUCAGCAAAUCGAGUUGGUCCGAUGGGAAUGCUGAAUGAAACUUUUGGUGACGUUUGA